AUGGCGUUUUUCGAGGAAGCCCGCCGGGCUUUCAUCACGUUCCUGCUCGGUCUGGAGACGUACGUGGCUUUGGCCAUGCACGUUCUUCUCUGGACCUUGCCUGUCCUCAUCGUGGGGACUUUCUUUGUCAACUCGUGGGUGUUGAUGGAAGUCUUGUACUUCCGGAUCAUCCUAAGCCGCGCUCCCUCCGCCUUCUUCUUCGCCUGGACCCCGAAAGAGGUGUUGCUGGCCUAUGGUCUACUCGGUGUCUACGUGUUCCUUUUGCUGAAUGCAGCGGGGAGUAUCGGCCUGUGCUGGUACUACUCCUGCUUUGAUGCGAAGGGAUACAGGAUGCCGAGUGGUUCUGUGGCGCCGCGCCCUCGGACGGUCAUGCAGACGACCUUCGGUACCUCGCGCCGAUUCGAUUUCGAGCUUCUGGGUUCGGAUGGCAACCGACCCAAUCGGUGUGGCGAGCAGUGUGUCAACGCCGGCGCCUGGAGGGGUGACCGGAUGUACCACUGCCGACAUGGGUACAAUUGCUGCCUCCCGGUCUUUGACCAUUAUUGCUUCUGGUUAUGGGUUCCCGUUUACUUGAAAACGAUCAAGCCGUACUGCUUGUUCAUGCCGUACAUGUUCUUGUAUUCGGUGUUCUCCGGCGCCGUGGUAUCUUGGGCUUUGGCUUCGCCGCACAUCCGGGGUCUGUCUCGAUGGAGCUACGCCGUUCUCGCGCUCUCUACGAUCUUCGGAAUCAUCUCCGCCACCAAGAUGAUGAAGUUUCAAUGGACCGCAAUCGUUCUGCAUAAUCGAGUGGGCAAGGAGCGGGGCGCCAACUGGCGCUGGAGUAUGGCAGUACUCAACAUCAAGGGCCGCUUGAUGUUUGACGAGCCGAGCUUCAAUCCAUACUCGUUGGGCAGUCGGUGGGCGAAUGCCCAGGAAGUCCUUGGACCAUGGUACCAGAUGCCGUUCUGGUUCUGGCAGCCCGCAAGGGUGGGUCAAUAUGGCGACCAUUGGAACUUGGACUGCGACACGACGAUUUCGCCUGCGUACAUGGUGCACGCCAACCUCAUGCGUUUGCGAGAGAUGCCGGGCCCAGCCUUGGAUAUGCCGCCGCCGCCUGUGCCGCCUGCCCCGCCUCCGCGUGGGUUUUUCCGCCGCAGGCAUAACGCAUCUUCUUCCAUGGUUUAG